CAAUCCAUGAAAAUGCUCUGGAAACUGACGGAUAAUAUCAAGUAUGAGGACUGCGAGGACCGCCACGAUGGCACCAGCAAUGGAACCGCCCGGCUACCCCAGCUGGGGUCUGUGGGCCAGUCGCCCUACACCAGCGCCCCGCCGCUCUCCCACACCCCCAACGCCGACUUCCAGCCCCCCUACUUCCCGCCACCGUACCAGCCCAUUUACCCUCAGUCCCAAGACCCCUAUUCCCACGUUAACGACCCCUAUAGCUUGAACCCCCUGCACGCCCAGCCCCAGCCUCAACACCCGGGCUGGCCUGGACAGAGACAGAGCCAGGAGACGGGCCUUUUGCAUACCCACCGGGGCCUCCCCCACCAGCUCUCCGGCUUGGACCCCCGAAGGGAUUACCGGCGGCAUGAAGACCUUUUGCAUGGACCUCACGGCUUGAGCUCAGGACUAGGAGACAUCCCCAUCCACUCGAUACCUCACUCCCUCGAAGACGUCUCGAAUUUAGGCAAUCGCUUGGAUGGUCCUAAAAUAAAACAUCCCCGCCCCCCCAAAUCCGUCUCCGCCCUGCCCCUCAACAAGGACGCGCUCUUCGGCGGCGUGGUCAACCCCAACGAGGUCUUCUGCUCGGUGCCCGGCCGCCUCUCGCUGCUCAGCUCCACCUCCAAGUACAAGGUCACCGUGGCCGAAGUGCAGCGCCGCCUCUCCCCGCCCGAGUGCCUCAACGCCUCGCUCCUCGGCGGCGUCCUCCGGAGGGCAAAGUCGAAAAAUGGAGGCAGAUCUCUGAGAGAAAAACUGGACAAAAUAGGAUUAAAUUUGCCAGCUGGGAGACGUAAAGCUGCUAAUGUUACCCUACUGACAUCACUAGUGGAGGGAGAAGCCGUUCAUCUCGCCAGGGAUUUCGGUUACGUCUGCGAGACAGAGUUUCCUGCCAAAGCAGUAGCUGAAUUUCUCAACCGACAACAUUCCGAUCCAAACGAGCAAGUCACAAGAAAAAACAUGCUUCUAGCUACGAAACAGAUCUGCAAGGAGUUCACCGACCUGCUGGCGCAGGACCGCUCUCCCCUGGGCAACUCCCGGCCCACCCCCAUCCUGGAGCCGGGCAUCCAGAGCUGCCUGACCCACUUCAACCUCAUCUCGCACGGCUUCGGCAGCCCGGCGGUGUGUGCCGCCGUCACCGCCCUGCAGAACUAUCUCACCGAGGCGCUCAAGGCCAUGGACAAAAUGUACCUCAGCAACAACCCCAACAGCCACACAGACAACAGCUCCAAAAGCGGCGACAAAGAGGAGAAGCACCGGAAAUGAGGGGCGGCCCCCCUAGCCCCCCGCCCCGCCCCGGUCUCCCCUCUGCGCCCUGCUGCGGAGGCCCAGCGAGAGGUUCGGGCCGGACCUGUUCCUGCCGGAGGACCUAACCCCCGCCCAGCUCCGCUCUCGCCCUCCUCCAGCACUUCCCCAGUUCACUCCCAGUCGCUACCCAGUCUGGAGCCUCGGGAAAGGAACGGGGCGCCUCGGAAUCAGGCC